UUUAAAUGUACACUAUCAGCAGUAUCGCACUAUAUAAGGCAUGCUGUUGUGUUCCCCGGCAGCACUGAGCUUCUUGCAGACAGUUCUUGGCCACCAUGGGAAAGAUUUUCUUUUACGAGGACAGGAACUUCCAGGGUCGCUGCUAUGAGUGCAGCUCAGACUGUACAGACAUGUCCUCUUACUUCAACCGCUGCAACUCCAUCAAAGUAGAGAGUGGCGACUGGAUCCUGUAUGAGCACCCCAACUACAAGGGGCACCAGUACUAUCUAUGGAGAGGGGAGUACCCCGACUUUAACCAGUGGCUGGGUUACAAUGACUCCAUCAGAUCCUGCCGCCUCACGCCUCAACAUCACGGCUCUUAUAAACUGAGGAUCUACGAGAGAGGAGACUUCAAGGGACAAACGAUGGAGUUUUCAGAGGAUUGUCCCCAAGUCUAUGAGAGAUUCCGUUACCAAGACAUUAACUCCUGUCACGUACACGACGGACACUGGAUGUUUUAUGAAGAGCCCAACUAUAAGGGUCGUCAGUAUUACCUGCGGCCUGGGGAGUACAAGAGAUAUUCUGACUGGGGAGCUCUGAAUGCUAGAAUCGGAUCUUUCCGGAGAGUCCAUCACCUAUACUAACAUAACACACUGCUGUACAUCUGUUCUCAUAGUCAAUAAAACUGGAAAUAGCUAUUA